AUGCAGUGUGUGUGCCAACGAGACUCAGCAGUAACCCAUGCUUGUCACCCUCUUGCCUGUCACUCUUGCUUCUUGCACUAUUCUUUUUCUUUCUCAACCUUGCUCAUCCCUGCCAUGCUGUGUGCAGCGCCCCCACGCUCCUAUGCCACCAUCAUGUGUCCGACCAACUCCACCUGCAAUGCCACUGCCGACCCGCCCUGCAUCUGCAAUAAGGGGCUCAGCAUGACAGACGGCCAGUGCGUUGGUGAGCCUCGCCCUUCUCUUCCUCUUCCUUCCCUCCCUCUUCCUGCUAUCCCACUUCUUUCUCUUGCUCUUCCUUUUCUCCCUCUUCCUUCCCUCACUCUUCGCUCCAAUUUCCGCCUCUUACUUCUUACCCUCCUCCUUCUCUCCCUCUCUCUACUUUCCCUGUUUCUUCUCUCCCUGUUUAUUCUCUCUCUCGUUCUCCUCUUCGUCUUCCCUCUCUCUGUCUUUCUUCUCUCCCGCGUAUUUCUCCCCCUCUUUCUUUUCUCCCUCGUGUGUCCUCCCCUCUUGCGUCUCUCUCUUGCUUCUCUCCCACUUGCGUCUCACUCUUUCUCCUCUACAUCCUCCGUCUCUCCUUGUAGCGUCCUACCCGUUCUCUUUUCCCUCUUUCCUCUCAACCUCUCACUUCUCUCCCUCUUCCUUCUCGCCCUCUUGCUUCUCUUCCUCUCGCGUCUUUCUCCCUCUUCCUACUCUCCCUCAAGCUUCUCUCACUCGUUCUUCUCUCCCUCUCGCGUCUCACUCGUUAUUCUCUCCCUCUCGCGUCUCACUUGUUAUUCACUCGCUCUUACGUCUCACUCUAUCCUUCUCUCCCUCUUCCUUCUUGCCCUCUUCCUUCUCUCCCUCUCUCUUCUAUCCCUCUUCCUUCUCUCCCUCUUCCUUUUCUCUCUCUUCCUUCUCUUCCUUAAGCUCGUUUCUCCAACUGUUCACUUUGCUGCCCCUGUUCUCAAGGGGGUGGCUCCUCCCUCAAGGGAGAGGCUUGAUGCAUGUUUUGUGCCUGUGCGGAUGUCCCAUGCUUCUCGUUUGACGCGCUUCCCUCGCCCCUUGCUCGUCCCUCCCCUGCUGUCUGCAGUGCCCCCACCCUCCUAUGGCACCAUCAUGUGUCCGAUCAACUCCACCUGCAAUGCCGCUGCCAACCCGCCCUGCACCUGCAAUGCGGGGCUCCAGAUGACCAACGACCAGUGUGUUGGUGAGCCUCGCCCUUUUGCUCCCUCUUCCUUCUCACCCUCUACCUUUUGA